GUCCGGACGCCGCGGCGUAACGACGCACGUACACUCGACAACAUUCGUUCCCGCCUUACGAAACGCCAUGGAUCUUUUCAUUUAAACGGACAAUGGAAUACACGUCACAAAUAGGUCGAGUAAACGGUGACGUAAUGACCCAAGCCCACGAGCCUCUUAACAUAAUGGACGGCACACAAGCUGACUACUCCACAAAGACCAAGAGAGGCAUCUAUCUCUCCAAAUGCCUCGCCUUUAUUAUCCUAGUGAUCUUCGCUCUAGCUCUGGUCACUGCCUCACUAUUAGUUUACAACUACGCCGCAUGUCCAAAAAUUGACCAACUAGCAAACGUCACAAAAUACGAACUAUGUCAUUGUGAUCAAUCAAAACUGUUAGUGCUACCUCUAACGACAGAAAGUAGUAGAUCUGUCAUUCCUCUAGAAAGUUCGACUCACUCCUCAGUGCCAAAUAUAACAAACUUAUGGCUGCCUAAACAAGUGAAGCCAGAGAAAUAUUUUCUUAACAUAACUCCGUACAUUUAUGAGGGCAAUUUUACAUUUGAUGGAGAAGUUACAAUACAUCUAGCAGUGGUUGAAGAAACUAAAGAAAUAACCUUCCAUGGUGUUGAACUGACGAUACAUGAUAUAAAAAUACACGAGAAGGAUGAUGACCAUUUGAUAUACAUAGUAAGACAACUUGAGGAUGUUCCGAGAAAUUUCCACAUUUUGACCCUAGGGUCUUCGCUAGAAGUUGGAAAGCAAUACAUUCUAUCUAUCAAGUACACUGGUAUCCUGAACGACAAUCUACAUGGAUUCUAUCGGAGCUCUUACGAAGAGAAAGGCGCUAAAAAAUGGAUAGCAGUCACCCAGUUCCAGGCGAUGGACGCCCGCCGCGCGUUCCCAUGUUGGGACGAGCCAGCUCUGAAAGCAAGGUUCACCAUCAGCAUCGCAAGACCGAACAACAUGACAUCUCUUUCUAACAUGAACAUCGUUAGACAGAGUCCGCACGAAAGUCUACCAGAUUACACAUGGGAUCACUAUGCGGAAUCUCUACCGAUGUCGACGUACCUGGUCGCGUUCACCGUCACCGACUUCAAGAAUAUGACCAACAAUAAAUUCUCCGUUUGGGCCAGAAGUGAAGCGGUACAAUCAGCAGCGUUCGCUCUAGAAAUAGGCCCAAAGAUACUCAAGUAUUUAGAAGAAUAUUAUAAAAUAAAGUUUCCUUUGCCAAAAAUCGACAUGAUCGCGUUGCCGGACUUCAAGAAUGGUGCCAUGGAGAACUGGGGGCUACUUACAUUUAGGGAAAUAUCGAUGUUAUACGAAGAAGGUGUCUCAGCGAGUACUGAUAGAGUACACGUAGCUACUGUGGUGGCUCAUGAGAUUGCUCACCAGUGGUUCGGCAACCUUGUCACACCAACCUGGUGGCGCGACCUGUGGCUUAACGAGGGCUUUGCUACAUACGUCGAGUACGUUGCUGUUAAUGCUGUAGAGAAAUCAUGGAAUAUAACAGAGCUCUGUGUCCUCGACAUAGUCCACAACGUAUUCCAGCUGGAUGCUCUCAACUCCUCGCACCAACUUUCAGUUGAAGUCAGCGCUUCCGAGGAAGCUGAUGCUAUCUUUGACAAGAUUUCGUAUGGAAAAGGAUCAGCACUACUUCGAAUGUUGAACCACGUUUUAAAAAGCGAUGUCUUCAACGCUGGAGUAACAAAUUACCUCAACUCCAAAAUGUAUGGGAACGCCGAACAAAGGGACCUUUGGAGUGCUCUAACAAGCGCAGCGAGAAAAACUGGGGACUUCGAUGCAGAUGUCGCUGUGGUCAUGGACUCCUGGACCCUGCAAACUGGUUUUCCAGUCCUCACAGUAACAAGAAACUAUGAGAACGGAAGCCUGUUUUUCAAACAGGAACGUUUCGUUUUAAUUAAUGACACGUUUGAAACUCAAAAAUCUCCUAUAUGGUGGAUCCCAGUUUCUUACGCCACAGCUUCGGACAAAGAUUUUGAGACCACACAACCGAAACUAUGGCUGAAAGGGGAGAAGUCUUUAACAGUCAACAAUAUUACAAUGAGACCCGAAGACUGGUUUAUAGCUAAUGUGCAGCAAACUGGUUUCUACCGUGUAAACUAUGAUUUACAAAACUGGAAGCUUUUAAUCAAGAUCCUUAAGGAUCCAGCUAGAUUCCAAGAGAUCCACAUUAUCAACAGAGCUCAGUUGGUGGACGAUGCCAUGAAUUUGGCACUAACAGGUCGGCUGGACUAUAGAACUGCAUUGGAUGUUACCAGCUACCUCGCUCAUGAGAGAAGCUAUGUGCCUUGGAAGGCUGGACUCUCAGCACUGGGUUAUAUAGACACAAUGCUGUCAAAAGGAGCUCAUUAUUUGGAGUAUGGGCAUUAUGUCCUUCGACUUUUAAACGAUGCUGUGAAGGAAGUUGGCUGGGAGGUGUCUCCGAAUGAGAGCGUUAUCACCUCGCAAUACCGAGUGGACCUUCUAGCUUCAGCCUGUCACUUCGAACACCCUGAUUGCCUGGAAAAUGCUGUUAGGAUGUACACCAACUGGAUGCUUGCUCCAAACCCUGAUUCGAAUAACGAGAUUCAUGUUGAUCUGCGAGGGAUAGUCUACUGCGUUGGAGUACGAGCUGGUGGCGUGAGGGAAUGGACUUUUGCAUGGGACAGGUUCAAGGUGGCAACCGCGCCGUCAGAGCGACACCGGUUAUUGUCUGUGCUGGGUUGUACAAGGUCUCCUUCAUUGCUUCAUAGGUAUUUGGAAAUGUCAUUGCGCAACGACAGCGGUAUUAGGAAGCAGGAUAUCGUCCGUGUUUUCUCAGCGGUUGCUGGUACGGGUAUUGGACAGCCAAUAGCUUUCAACUACAUCAGAGCCAACUGGCAACGACUUCGAUCAUUCGUCGGAUCCCUGUCUACAAUCAAUUUGAUCGUAAAACUUGUCACCCGAAGGCUAAAUCAGGCGCACGAAUAUGAAGAGUUAAAAAGAUUCGUGAUGGAGUCCUGCAGUGACUUGGGACGUCCAGUCCAGCAAGUGUUGGAGACCAUCUCAUCUAAUGUGCAAUGGAGGGAUAGGAACUAUCAUACUAUCGUCGACUGGCUUCGAGCAGCGGAUCAAGCAGCGAAACUAAACUAAGAAUAUUCUAGAAUAAAUUGUCAUUACCAUGACCCCAAAUGUACAGAAUAUUCAUUCUUCAUGAUCUGAUUAGGUAGUAUAGAGGUUUUAUACUUUCAAACUUUAUGAAAUAAAUAAAUUAAUCUUCAUUAUUAUUUAUUAGGGUCAAAUUUGCACGAACAUUUCAACUUGGUAUUUUUGUAGUAAUAAGUCAUAGUCAAAAUAUUUUUAAUCCAACUUAACCAUAUAUAGGUACUUUUGAGACGUCAGAAUACAAAAUAUUCUGUCAGUCAGUUUGUCAGUGAAGAUAUAUGGGAACAUAUUAUGUUACUGUAAAGCUCGAACUGCGGUAAAUCUUAAGAUUAUCCAGUCAAACCUUAGUUUUACUUUAUUAGAUGACUAUAAAUUUUAUU